AUGAACAUGGACUUCACACGUGUGCAGAAUGAGGUGACUCGUUGCCUGGAGACCGAGCCUUCGGUGGAAACCCCUGCAGGGAGUUGCCAGCUUCGGGAGGCCUCCGCGCUCCUCGGCGGUGGUCUCCUCUCCACUGCACAGCCAGCACUGGCACCACUCGCCCACCACUCCACGGGCGCUCCUGAGGGACCUGCGAUUAGAUGGGGCCACCUGGGACUCCAGGACAAGCCCAGGUCCGUCCUCAGGCACACCCACAACGCCCGCUGUGCCCGCCAGGCCACACAGCACAGCAUCCAGCACGUGUACGGCGCCCAGCACCCCCCUUUUGAUCCACUGUUACACGGCACCUUGCUCAAGGCCACGCCCAAGGUGCCCACCACGCCCGUGAAGGCCAAGAGAGUCAGCACCUUCCAGGAGUUUGAGAGCAACACCAGCGACGCCUGGGAUGCGGGCGAAGACGACGACGAGCUCCUGGCCAUGGCGGCGGAGCGCCUCAACUCCGAGGUGGUCAUGGAGACGGCCCACCGCGUCCUGCGAGACCACAGCCAGCGGCAGGAGCAGCACAAGCUGCAGGAGCCCCCAGGGCCCGGGCAGAAGCCCAAGCCCUCGGCAGAGCCGCCUCCGGUUGCCAGCGGGGACCUGCGGCUGGUGAAGUCUGUCAGCGAGAGCCACACGCCCUGUCCUGCAGAGAGCGCCAGCGGCCCAGCCCCUCUGCACAGGUCCCAGUCGCUCCCGCACGCGGCCACCGUGGCCCUGGGCAGCACGUCCGACCCCGGGACCCUCAGCAGCUCGGCGCUGAGUGAGAGAGAGGCCUCCCGGCUCGACAAGUUCAAGCAGCUCCUGGCCGGCCCCAACACGGACCUGGGUAAGUCUUGCUUCCGAGCGAGGCGGUUUUCGGAGGACCCGGUCCGUCCGUGGCACGUCCUGCCCUUGCUUCCCUGUCACUCACCUCGUGUGCACGUGGUAGUUCAUGUGCUUCCAAUGCGAUUCCAUCGAGUACUUCCUGUUCUUUUUCCUUAAGCCCCAGGGGCCCUC